UCUUGUCUCGUAUAUCUGCAUUAAACCAGGACUUCUGGUUGGGAUGUGCACGAAUAGUCUGGACAGGGCUGCAUGUGGAGGAACAGCAGUCAGUGUAACUGCUCACAGUGUCUGUAUACUCAUGAAUCAUGUCUGUGGCCUCAGGGUCAGACUCAGGCUCAGCGUCAGGCUCAGGCUCAGGCUUGCAGUUCUGCCUCUGCAUCACUGAUCCACAUGUUUCCAGUUCUAACAGUGAGCGUCUGUUUGCUGUAGAUGGACUGUAGCAGGAAAGUGUGGUCACUUUAAGCAAAGUGUUGCUCGGGGACAGCAGAAUAAGCAUUUCUAAUGUUGCUGUAGCGGGUCAGGUAAACAGGAAGCUUACCUGUGAGCCCACUCAGAGGGUUCCCGUCCAUGAAACCACUGGCACCAGUUCUACAGUGAUGCUGGGAUCAGCUGAUUUCAGUUAAAUCCCUGAAACAGUUUCCUCUCAAACCAAACUAACAGAUGUGUUUGUGUUUGUUUGGUAAACAGGAAGCUCUGCGCAGGAUCAUCAGCACAUUAGCCAAUAAAAACGAAGAGCUCCAAAACUUCCUGGAAACAGUUGACAACACACUGACAGGACUGCAGGAGCAGUCAUGUAAGGUGAUGUCAGACCUGGAGGUGGAGCUUGAUCAACUAAGCUCCGCCCUACACGAAAGGGUGGCGGAGCUCCGUGACGCAAUCACAGAGGAGCAGCACAGGAAGGAGGCGGAGCUUCAGAAGCAGCUGUCAGAGGGAAAGUUUGCUUUGCUGUCGUGUGAAGAACUUCUCGAGUUCGCAAAUCAAACGCUGACUAUCAGCAGUGAGGAAGAUUUCCUGAAGGCUGCAAAACAAAUCAAGGAAAGGGUAACGAUGGCUCCGGCGUUCAGGCUGUCCACUCGUCUAGCAGUUUCGGAGAACAUGGCACAGUUCACCGUUGACUUCAGUGCGGAGAGGGCGGGGCUUCAACGACUUCAAUUCCUGCCAGUACCCAGAGCUCCAGAGGUCGACGUCUCCAGCUGCACAGUCCGUGACAAUAGCAUCACCGUCGCCUGGCGACCGGCUGGCGAGGCCGACGGCGUCAGCGGACCGACGGAACGCUACGAACUCGAGUACCGAAAAACGAACUGCGACAGUUUGCUGAGAGCCACAGGAGAGGCAUGCUGGGAAAAAAUCUCUGAUAUCACAGAGACUCAGGUCACCAUUUCAGGUCUGAAGUUCGACUCUCGCUUUGUUGUUGUUCGAGUUCGAGCAAAAAACAAAACAGCUGCUGGAGAGUUCUCUGAGCCCGUCGCCGUGGAAACCAGAGCGUUUAACUUCGGCUUCGAUGCAUUGACCGCCCACCCCGAGCUGAAGGUUCACAGCGACACGGUGACCUGGGAGCCUCAGGGGGUCAAAGGUCACGACCCCCGACUCCGAGGAAAAGACAGUAAAAGCUGCAGCAGAAGCGCGACACCAUCGCCCAAUAAGACGACAGGAAGUCGGGCCGGACGCGACAGAUUUGCUGGAGAGUCGUACACAGUGCUCGGCGAUAAGGAAAUGACCGCUGGCUGCCACUACUGGGAGCUCCGCCCCCUGGCUGACUGGAAGUCAUUCAGUGUGGGCGUGGCCUACCGGGCAAGCCUGGGACGUUUCGACCAGUUAGGGAAGAGCACCGGUUCGUGGUGUCUCCACGCCAGCCAAUGGUUACAGAGCUCGCUUUCCGCGAAACACAACAACAGAGCGAAAGCGCUGGAUUGGCCGCUGCCGCAACGCAUCGGAAUCUACUGCAACUACGACAACGGUGAUCUGUCGUUUAUUGAUGUUGAUCGACUUCGUCUUCUUCACUCCUUCAAAACAAAGUUCAGCCAGCCACUCGUCCCUGCCUUUACUGUUUGGUGCGGUGGUAUCACCAUAACAACGGGUCUGCAGGUGCCAGGCUUCAUGGGAAAAUUCCUCUCCAGCAGUCGGAGCCUGAGUAACCUGUCACAGUAAACCCACUGUUCUUUAAUCAUCUGUUUUAAUGUAGAAAUUAAAUUAUGAUAAACUUCUAUUUAUAAUUCUGUGAAAUUUAUAUCGUGCACAUAGAAAUGAUCAAUGAACUGUUGGUAAAUAUUAAUUUAACAUAUAAAACAAACUGUGUCCUAAUGUUCAGAAACAUUAGUGAUUGUUUGGGGUCUUAGUUUGAAAGUUCAGGAGGAAGCGUUGUUGCUUGUUCCUGUUUCGAUUUGGGUUUUUUUUGUUUGUUUGGUUUUUUUUUGUCUUGAAGAAAAAAAUGUUCUGACACUUUGACCCAUGGCGAACUUUUAUUUUGAAGGUAAAUGUGAACAUCAGUUUCAGCGGACGACGAAAAUCAAACGUUUAUUUUCAGUUUUUGUAAAAGUAUAAAAAGCUGAAGUCAUUUAUUCUGAAAAUCCGUUUACAGUGAAUGUUUCAGUUUAAAUUUUGAAAUGUUUCUGAUCUGAAAUCAGUUUUAAUCAAAUCGACACAAACGUUUUGAUAAAAAUAAAUCGUAUGAACUGGAAAUAAAAUGUCUCUCUGCUUUUAUUCUGAAGUCUCGUCCUCCAGUUUUGGACACCAACAUGGUUUAGCCCACUAACCCCCCACCCCACCACCCCACCCCCCACAGGCUGGACACACUCAGCAGGUGGAAUCAGCUGGACGGACUCUUACAUCAUCAUCUAAUCACCCAAUCAGAUACCUCUGAUUCGUCCACAUUUCAGGGUCUGUCCCCUGGUCUGUCCCCUGGUACCUAUACGAUGUAUGUAUGUAUUAUAUGUCAGAGGUGAGAGCACAGAGGUGCAGGCAAAACAACAGCUUUUCUGUCAGGUCACUCCAACUCUCCUCCUCCUCUUCUUCUCUCCUCCUCCUCCUCCUCCUUAAAUGUCUCCUCCUCUCUCCUCCUCCUCCCUCCUGCAGACUUCGUACAGGCGAAAGGAGGCGAAGGCGGUGGCGAGCAGACAGGAAGCUCCGAGGAUCAACCACCAACUGAAGGAAGUGAAGGAGGCGCCCUAAGAAAUGAAAAGUAAAAGUUACAAUGAACUGAAAACUUUAAUUUUUGAUUUUACAAUUUCACAUUUUCUUUCUUUCUAUGUACCUGAAAACUAAAACCUGCUGCUCUCAGAGAUUUUAUAUGAAAUAUUAUAGUUAUUGAUCACAGUGUAUUGAUUAUUGAUUGAUUCAUGUCAGCUCAGACAUUUGAACAGCUGCUGCUUGGUUUGAAUCA